GAUGAAAAAAAAAACACAAAUCAACAGAAAAAAGUGGGCGCUGUUGGUUGGUUUCCAGUUUGUGGCAAAAAUUAUCCCAAAAAUCGUGAAAAAAGAAAGCGCAAACGGAUCGGCAAUAGUUGUACCCAGCGGUUAAAAUUCACUUCAACAUUCCAGCACAGUUCCAUGGAUGCCAUAAACAAGAUUUAUUCGUCCGUUUCACAGACGGUCUCCACCCUGUCGGCCGUAUUCCUGGGGAAUCCUCUCACCAAGGACUAUGAUAUCGCUGAACAUAUUGGAUCCGCAGGGACAGAGCUGGUGUGGAAAAUCUACACCGGCAGCAAACGCACGACGAAGGAGGUGGCCUCCAUAUUUGUGUUCGACAAGAAGCAGCUAGAGCUGUUUACCAAAGACGAGCGGGAAGAGAUCUGCGAAAACAUACGGCGCGGCGUGGUGCAGCUGACGAAGAUACGCCACCCACAGGUACUGACGGUGCAGCACGCGAUGGAGGAAAGCCGCGAUACGAUCGCGUUCGCCACCGAGCCCGUGGUGGCCAGCCUGGCCAAUCUGCUCGGCAACACGACGAACGUUUCCAACACCGGGCUGCUGGCGGAGUACAAGCUGUCCGAGUUCGACACCAAGUUUGGCAUCUUCGAGCUGAUCAAGGGCAUCCGGUUUCUGCACGACGAGGUGCAGCUGGUGCAUCGGCAUCUCUGCACGGAAAACAUCAUCGUCAACAAGCAGGGCGUGUGGAAGCUGUUUGGGUUUGGAUUUUGCUGGAGCAAAAGGGCGCCCGGGACACCGGUGGGGAACCAUCCCUUCAAAAGCCGGCUGUUGGGCAACCCGGGCUCGAAGUGGACGGCCCCGGAGUUGAUACUGGAAAACACCUGUAACGAUUCGACCGAUAUUUAUUCUUUAGGUAUUUUAAUUUAUACAAUUUAUACACGGGAAAACAUUCCCUCCCCUGACGCCUCGUCGGAUCUGUACGGGUACAAGCAGUCCGUCACCAAGCUUAGCAAUCAAGGACCACCGAAGCUGACCGCGAUCCCGGAAUCGCUGCGAUCGGAGGUGAAGAAAAUGCUUAGCGUCAAUCCUCAGGCUCGACCGACGCUGCAGUCGUUAACUCAGAUUUCAUACUUCUGUGACCAAUAUGUGCAAUGUUUAGACAGUUUGGAAACGCUAUUUCCGAAGGAUAACUUAGAAAAGUCCGAAUUCUACAAGCGGCUCGCCACCAUCAUCGGCGACAUUCCGCACCGGGUGCGGCUGUAUCGCAUCCUGCCCCUGCUGGUGAAAGAGUUCGUCAACUGUUCGAUGAUACCGUUCGUGCUGACGAACAUUCUCACCAUCACGGCGAGCUGUACGAGGGCCGAGUACAUGCAGCACGUCAGUUCCCAUCUGCGGCCGGUCAUGCUGCUGGACGAGCCGGUUCAAAUAAUGCUGAUCUUUUUCCAAAACCUCGACGUGCUGCUGAAGGUGUGCCCGUCGGAGGAGAUACGGGCGAGCGUGCUGCCGCUCGUCUACAAAGCGCUCGAAUCGAAAUCGCAACAAAUCCAGGAGCUUUGCCUUUCGAUCAUCCCGUCCGUGGUGGUGCAUCUGGACAAGGCCACGAUCAAGGGUGGGCUGGUGCCGCGCAUUAAGACGCUCUGCUCCGGCACGAACCUGGUGUCGGUGCGGGUGAAAUGUUUGCUCUGCCUGGGGCAGCUGGCACCGAAAAUCGACAAGUGGGUCAUGAUCGACGAUAUCGUGUCGUACCUUCCGUCCGUGAAUUGUCGCGAGCCGGCCGUUAUCAUGGCGAUUGUUGGUGUCUAUAAAAUAUCGUUCAACACGGAUGGGCUAGGCAUACCGAAGGAUGUGCUUGCCUGCAAGGUGCUACCCCAUCUCUUCCCGAUGACCAUCGUGAAUGGGCUUUCGCUGCAGCAGUUCAAUGCCAUCAUUGCACUGAUCAAGGAGUUUACGCGCAAGAUUGAGGACGAGCAGGGGGAUAAGCUGGGCAGCAAGGCGGGUUCCAUUUCGUCCAGUACCAGCAGCAGUAGCAGCUUGCAGGAAAAACAGCAAUCCGAACUGCAGCAGUCCUUUGGUAGCUUAGGGUUUGGUAGUGGCAACGAUCUGUAUGGGGAUUUUAUGCAAUCACCAGCGUCACCAGUUCCCAAACAAACGGCUCAAUCGACGGCACAGCAGCAGCAGCAACAACAACAACAGCGGAAAGCAGGUGGCGGUCCAAUGAAGCUACAACUGAAACCACUUCAACCCCAAAGCAAUUUGAAUUGGAGCGUAUCUCCGAUGACAGCGACCGCAAAGGAAAACAGCAACAACUACAAUCUAUUUACACAGCAACAGCAGCAACAGAAUGUUUCCUCCACGCUACAAAACAAAGUCCCUCCGCCGGCCAUCGCAAUGCCCAUGAUGGCACCACAAGCAGCAGCACCCGCAGCAUCCAUGGCUUCCAACAUGUGGAUGAACAACAAUGGUUCGACGGGGUUAACGAAGCGGCUCGAGCUGACCUCCCCGACCAACAGCAGCAGCAGCAACCCGUACGGACAGUUGCAACCGCUCAUUCCCACUCCCUCGCAGACGGGCGGCAAGGCGUCGGCCAAAUCGGCCACCAGUCCAAUGCUCUCGAAGGAGGACAUUAUGGAGUUUUUGCAAAAGUAAAUUCACUGCAGCGCAUCCGCAUAGAACCGGCUUACACAUUGUUCGACUUACGCGCACCCAGCUUUGUUCAACUGUUCAACUGCACCACGUGUUGUUUGGUUUGGAGCGAGGGAGACUCUCUCACUUCCAUGUUCACUAAUUGUACGCGGCACUUCACACAUACAUUCAGUAUCUAGAGCUACAGUAAUAAAAAAGAAAACCAUUUGAUGCCGUA